CCCUCCUCGGGCUCUCUUUUGUUGGACCAUCAAACAUAAGCACCUUUGGAAAUCCCGAGGGGCUCAGAUGAGAAGCAGCAAUCAUCCUGCUCACCGAGUGAUCACUUAUCAGCGACGCAGCCAUGUCGAGGUCAUUUUAUGUUGAUUCUUUAAUAAUCAAGGAUACGGUGCGACCUGGACCAACUGAGCAUCCAGGACAAGACUUCCUUAUUCCAAUCAGCAUGCACUCUCCGAGCGUAAUGACUGUCACCGCUCCCGUGUGCCCCUCCAGGAAAAAUGGGACUUUCUGUGUUUGUCCACUGUGCGUCACAUCCCACAUCCACUCUUCCCGCAGCGGCAUUCCCAUGCUGAAGAGUCAGUUUCCAGGAGCAGAGCCACAGUAUUGUCAGAGAAUAGCACAUCAGCAGUCUCCUGCACUCGCUCACCCUGGACAUACACCUGUCUGCACGCCCACCUUCAGCGUCACAGAUCCCAGGAGAUACCAUUGUCUCUCUAUUGGUGCCUCCGAGAGUAACCACAUACAGAAUGGCAAGAGGAUGCGCACGGCUUUUACAAGUACGCAACUCCUGGAACUUGAAAGGGAGUUUUCCACGAACAUGUAUCUUUCUAGACUCAGGAGAAUCGAAAUCGCUACAUAUUUAAACCUGUCAGAGAAACAGGUGAAAAUCUGGUUUCAGAACCGCAGAGUGAAGCACAAGAAGGAGGGUAAAGCCACCCAAAGGAGCGCGCACAGUGGUUGCAAGUGCACAACCGGCCACACAGACUAUUCAAGGUCAGAAGACGAGGAGUCUCUAUCUCCGGCCUCAGCCUCUGAAGAGAAAGAGGUGUCACCCAUCUGAGAGCAACUCGGCUCAACAAGUUCCACUGCUGGCGCAUCCUCUGCCCUGCUGCAUUUAUGGAUCACGGCAUCACCCAGCCCCUGAGCCAAAUAUCUGCUGCAUGAAGCCUGAGAAGAAGUUCUGAAAAUAUUAAUUGUUCUGCGCUCCAUGUUCUUUAUAAUGUUCAAAACAAAUGUUUAAUGUUUAAAAACCAGUGUGGAUAGGUGUUUGUGAAAUAUUUGGGAACACGGCCAACUAUGUGACUGAUGUUAUGUGGAUCCCCCCGAGGUUCUCACCUACACUACCUUGUUAAUUAUCCCCAGUAAAUGAUUUCAGUUUUUGCCGGAAAUACGUUUACAGUCAGUGACGUGUAGCACAGAAAACCCCAAGAAAUAGUAAAGGUCUGACGUGUAAACCCGAAACCUGUAUGUAACAAUUUGUAAACUUUGUAUAUCUGUAUUUAUUGAAAUAAACAUGACGA